ACUCGACCAAAGAAAAUGGAGGAGGAAGCUGUGCCGGCGCAGCCCCAAGUGGACGACAGCAUCGCAACGCCAGCAGCUGCCGCCGGGGACAACGAUGGUGGUUCAGACAUCAACGGAGGAGAGGUCGUCCUUCAACAGCCUGCAAACGGCAGCGAGGGCGCUUCGCCUGCUGAUGCCGCUGUUGGAGGUGGAGCACUCGAGGACAUGUUUGGGAGCGGCGCAGACUCGGGGCCCAAUAGUGCGGACGAAGGUGAAAGCUCCUCGAAGAAGAGGCACGCAGAAGAGGACGAGGCUGAGACGGCAGCCGAUCCGCUCGAUGACGAUGACGCAGAUCCUGUCGAGCGGAGUCAAGAGCACCUCAAGAAGAAGAAAAAGAAGAGGAAGGGGGGAGACGGUGAAAUUGGAGAGGAUGCACUAGGGGAGCUUCGACCAGAGACCGAAGAGGACCGGCGCAGGAGGGAUCUCUUGGCCCGCAUCGAUGCGGCGGCAAAGGGACCCAAGAGACGACCAAAGAAGAAGGCUGACGAAACAGACUUGGAGCGAGUGGCCGACGACGAGAUUGUGCAUAUGCGUGAUGCCAUGAUCAACGCUGCCGACGAGGACCGCGAGGCAAACGAGCUCAAGAAACCAGCCACGGCCAAGUUGCGCAUGCUCAAAGAGGCAGUCGACACGCUACAGAAAACCGGAUACCAGCAAGCCAUCCUCGACAACAACCUUCUCGAGGCGGUUCGCAUGUGGCUAGACCCGCUUCCCGACAAGUCACUGCCUUCACUCAAUAUUCAGCGCGCCCUCUUUCCGCUGCUAGAGAAGAUGUACAUCGACACGACUUCGCUCAAGAUGAGUGGCCUGGGCAAGCUGGUCCGCUUCUACACCGAAUGCGACCGGGUAGACAAGAACGUGGCGAGGAUCUGCGAUCGCCUGAUUGAAACGUGGUCGCGACCCAUCCUCAAAAGAUCAUCGUCGUACAGGGACAGGCAGCAGAAGAUCCGAGAGUUCCAAGUCGACCCGUACCGGAGCGCCGCGUUCCGUCAACAGCUGGCAGCCAGCCAAGCGAAGGGUCAGAGUGCCUCGCAGCAGAGCCAACGUGUACGAAUUCCCGAGGCCGUGACGGGCAACAGCUUCCGCUUUGCUCCUGUCCCAUCUUCGUCCCACGCCGAACCCGAUGACUCCCAAGCGGCGCGUUUGGCCAAUCGGCAAAAGAUGAACAAAUUCAAGAGGAGCAUGCAGGCUGCCAAAAACCGUUGAUCUCCGUUGUAAUAAUGUUAUGCACCUUGUCUGCCACCAAAUGUUCGGGAGGGGUGGGGGGCACUUUCAUCUUAUCGGCCGUACAAAGCCGUGUGUCGCCUGAACCCCGCCUUUUAUCCUCCCGAGCCUACCCACGCUGCUUCCUCCCAUCGUCGCUUCUCUCGUGCAGGUUGCACACUGCCUUCCAUGCUCAGUCGCGUCAUUGGAUGUAGUUGACUUGCAAGCCCCUUGUUGAUGGUCGGGUCUUCGGUGGGCGCCCUCUACGCGCUCGGCGCUUUCUCGUAGAGAAAAGUGGUGAAGCGCCCCGCGGCAUCUCCGCCGAUGCAACGGCAGCGUAGCCUGGAA